GUGCGGUCGUGUGGCAAGCUCCGUGGUCACUCGUAAUCGGUUGUCGGUAUCCCCUCAUAGCCUCACUGCUCCGGCCUCCGGGGACUAUUGCUCAAUUCUCUCAUUAUCUUUCUCUGCGCAUUUAAAAAACUAGUAGGAAAAUGAGGCCGUGGCGAUGGUCCCUGUCUGCCUCUGCCACUGCUUCUCCCUUCUCCCCCUGCUACUCAUGCCGUUUUCGUGUACCUCUCUCUCUUAACAACUUUUCACUUUCAGCACCUUCAAUAUCACCAUCUUCUUGUAAGAUUUCUACUGGGCUUCAAUUCCAACACUUCAACGAGAACAGCAACGUCAGGAAGAGGAAAAGGGUAACUGGGUUCGAAGCAGUAGCGAGGAAUGUCGUGAAAUGCACCAGCGGCACAAACACCGAAUUGGACGAAAACGAAGGACUCGCUGAUUUUGAUGGCGUGGGAACAGGGCAUGACGUGGAGUGCGUUGUCUCCUCAUCCGAUUCGGAAGAAAGCGUCGCUCUAUCGGAUGAUGAUUCAGCAGCGCUAGGGAGAGUAGUGUGGGAAUGGGCGGUGCUGGUUUCACCCUUCUUCUUCUGGGGCACGGCUAUGGUGGCCAUGAAAGAAGUGAUUCCAAAGUGUGGCCCGUUCUUCGUCUCCGCGUUCCGCCUCAUUCCCGCCGGCUUUCUCUUGGUUGCGUUCGCCGCUUCGCGUAACCGCCCUUUCCCCUCUGGACUCACCGCUUGGCUUUCCAUCUCUCUCUUCGCUCUCGUCGAUGCCACCUGUUUCCAGGGUUUUCUCGCUGAAGGGUUACAGAGGACAUCGGCAGGUUUGGGUAGUGUGAUAAUUGACUCUCAACCUUUAACGGUGGCUAUACUUGCAGCCUUGUUAUUUGGCGAGUCCAUUGGGUUUGUUGGAGCUGCAGGGCUUGUACUUGGUGUUGUUGGGCUUUUACUCCUCGAGGUGCCUGCACUUGCUUUUGAUACGAGUAACUUUUCACUGUGGGGAAGUGGGGAGUGGUGGAUGCUUCUUGCAGCUCAGAGCAUGGCAAUUGGCACGGUCAUGGUCCGUUGGGUUUCAAAGUACUCUGAUCCUGUUAUGGCAACUGGAUGGCACAUGGUUAUUGGUGGUCUCCCUCUUGUCAUAUUCUGCAUUCUUAAUGAUGAUCCUGUUGUCAAUGGGAGUCUUAAAGAGUUCACUGCUACUGAUGUGGUGGCGCUCCUCUAUACCUCCAUUUUUGGAAGUGCUGUCAGCUAUGGUGUAUACUUCUACAGUGCAACAAAAGGUAGCUUGACAAAGCUGAGCUCCUUUACCUUUCUAACCCCAAUGUUUGCAUCAAUUUUUGGGUUUAUUUAUCUCGGUGAAACCUUCUCACCCGUGCAACUAGUUGGGGCAGUUGUUACCUUGGUUGCAAUAUAUAUGGUUAACUACAGGAAUGUUGUGGAAUGAAGCAUAUGAUCAAUACAGGUUGAUUUAACAUGUGAACAAAAGGAAGGCAAGGCUCACUUGCAGGCUAGCUCCUGAUCUUCAUGACUGGGGUUUGAAGAUGCUUGUAGUAUGUAUACACAUACACUUGAAUAAACCAUGCAUGUUGUAGAUGCAUUCCUAUCCUCUCAGAGCUUUGGUGUCAUGGCAGACUGCUCAUUGAUGCCUAACUCAGCUCCAAGCCCUAACCCAUGGGAGAAUUUGUUCUUGGGGAAGGUUCAGGGUAAUAUGCCUUUGAUAUUAUUUGUACAAGAAAGCAGUUGUUCAAGGUAUUCUAGGGCCCUCUAGCACGAUCUGUUGAAAAUGACUCGAGUUUGUUCAUAAAUUGGUGUAAUUUUUCACAUGGAUGAUUUUGAAAGGAAAUACAUUUUGAGAUCGUUCAACACUAUAGAAAAUGCCAAACAUGAGUUUAAAUGAUACAUCUAUUUUGG